AGGGUUUCAUAUCUGAGGCCUAAAAGUUUUUUACGCAAGAUGAUGAAUGCUGACAUGGAUGCUGUUGAUGCUGAAAAUCAGGUGGAACUAGAGGAAAAAACACGACUUAUUAAUCAAGUGUUGGAACUCCAACACACACUUGAAGAUCUCUCGGCAAGAGUAGAUGCAGUUAAGGAAGAAAAUCUGAAGCUAAAAUCAGAAAACCAAGUUCUUGGACAAUAUAUAGAAAACCUCAUGUCAGCUUCUAGUGUUUUUCAAACAACUGACACAAAAAGCAAAAGAAAGUAAGGCUGAUAUCCAUUCUGUUUUAUGGAAUUGCUGCUGAUUUUUUUUUCUUUAAAAUUUGAGUAGAUUCCAAAAGUUAUAGUACCUUUGUGGCUUCAUUGAAUAUUUAUGAAGAUAAUGGCAGAUCUAGGUAAAAAUUAAGAGCUCUAAAAGUAUAACUGGAGACUUCUAUGAGUUUGUAUAUUAACUUAGUCUAUGAAAACAUGUAACUAUAUUGAUAGUAGAGACUUUAUAAUUAGAAUUGCAU